AUGGACGAAAAGGCGUUUUCGAAGGAGCUGGAUCAGUGGAUCGAGCAGCUCAACGAGUGCAAACAGCUCACGGAGGGACAAGUGAAGAAUUUGUGCGAAAAGGCCAAGGAGAUCCUGACGAAAGAGUCAAACGUGCAGGAGGUGCGAUGUCCUGUGACGGUGUGCGGCGACGUGCACGGUCAGUUCCACGAUCUGAUGGAGCUGUUCAAGAUCGGCGGCAAAUCUCCCGACACAAACUACCUGUUCAUGGGUGACUACGUGGACCGGGGUUACUACUCAGUGGAGACCGUCACUUUACUCGUAGCUCUUAAGGUUCGUUUCCGGGAGCGCAUCACCAUUCUGCGCGGCAACCACGAGAGCAGACAGAUCACACAAGUGUACGGAUUCUAUGACGAGUGCCUGCGCAAAUACGGCAACGCCAACGUGUGGAAGUACUUCACUGACCUGUUUGAUUACCUCCCGCUCACUGCCUUGGUCGACUCUCAGAUUUUCUGUCUUCAUGGUGGCCUGUCGCCAUCCAUCGACACAUUGGAUCACAUCAGGGCGCUAGAUCGCUUACAGGAAGUGCCUCAUGAGGGUCCAAUGUGUGACCUGCUUUGGUCGGACCCCGACGACCGAGGCGGCUGGGGCAUUUCGCCGCGUGGGGCCGGCUACACCUUCGGGCAAGACAUCUCGGAGACGUUCAACCAUGCCAAUCGCCUCACGCUGGUUUCCCGCGCCCACCAGCUGGUCAUGGAGGGCUACAACUGGUGCCACGAGAGAAACGUGGUGACGAUAUUCAGUGCGCCAAACUAUUGCUAUCGCUGUGGCAACCAGGCGGCUAUAAUGGAGCUGGAUGACACUCUCAAAUACUCCUUCUUGCAGUUUGACCCAGCGCCUCGCAGAGGGGAGCCCCAUGUCACCCGUCGAACCCCAGAUUACUUCCUGUAA